CGUUGUCAUAUAGAUUAGAAAUGAUGUUCGGAUACUAUAUACUAACACUAGUGCUAGUAGUGUUAACUGUUCAAUCAAUCCAAAGUAAAAAAUGCAAAAAAAGUCACGAAGUUACAUGUAACGAUCCAGAGAUUAGAAGUUGUGGUAAUGCGAGUGUAAUAAUUGAUUUAGGAGGCAAUGUUGUAGGCGCAAAGGCACAUCUGUCUUGUUUAAAUGGAUAUACACUAUGGGGGAAUGAUUCUAUUGUAUGUUUAGACUCGGGGAAGUGGAGUCAACUAAAUUCAUAUUGUAUUCCGGAUGACAUUGGAGAUCCAAAUAUCCAGUCAUUCGAUGGAUCUUUAUACUUAUUUAACAAUAUUACUUUGUUAAAUUAUAAUCAAGCAAAGGUAACCAUUACUAUUAUCUUUACAAAUGAGAAAUAG